AUGAGGAAAGCAGAAAGAAAUCUCCAGCGGGAGAGACACCGGUGUGCCGCCGCCGCCGCCGCUUCUCUCGCCGCCCCGCCUGAGGGAGAAGCGCAGCCGGGAACGCUGCUCUCGCCGCCGCCGCUAACGCUGCUGCUGCUGCUGCUGCUGCUGCUGCUGCCGCCGCCGCCGAGAAAGCCCCAAGCCGGAGGGUGCACGGCGUGUCCCCGGGCGGCUGCAGCGGGAGCCCGGGCACUGCCCCAUCCUCCGCCCGCCAGCCUGCCUCGCGCAGCUCCCGCUCCUCCCCCUCCGCGGCCAGCCCACCGCCACCGCCGCCGCCGCCGCCGCCGCCGCCCGCCUCAGCCCAGCCCCGCGCCCGCCCGCUCGCUCGCUCGCUCGCUCGCUCGUUCGUGCUUUCGCUCGCUCGCUCGCUCGAGUGCGCGCGCUCCCGCGCCCCCGCCCUCCCCGCGCCUCUCUCGGCGCGCGCUCCCGCCCCCGCGGCCCCGGCCGGCGAGAUCACGUGGACGGCUGGGCUCCCUACUCCCCCGCCCCCUCCCCAGUUGUAGAGUGUGUAGAAAGCAAAAGGCUGGGGGCUGGCCGCGCUCGCGAGCCCAGGGCAUGCGCGCUGGGGCGGCCGGGCCUGCGCACUGGGGGCGGUGGGGAGCUUGGGCCGCCCGCGUGGGGGUCGGCCGUGGCCGGGCGGAGUUGGCGCGUCAGGGCGUGGAAGCCGCCGGAGGAUCCCGCCUGUCGCAGCGGGGACGCGUGCGGGCCCCUGCUCCCAGGCCACUUCGCGCGCGCGCCCCCCACAUCCUCCUUGGGACACUUGUCCCUGGAUCCUCUCUACCCCUGGCCGGCCCGAGGCCGCCUUCUCGGGAAACCCCACCAGCCCCCAAGGGUGUUUUCCCUUGGCGACCUGCGCUGCGAGGGGAGAAGGGAAUUCAGAGAAGGGGCACAAGGGGGGCGUCCCUGGGAGGGGGCGCGACUGGAGGAGACAGAACGGGGAGCGGGUGCCAAAUCGCGGGCCUUUGCUCCGCCUGGGCGCAAUGGGAGCACCAACUGGCAGAGUUGGAAACUUUUCCCCCACGUGGCACCACAGUGCGUGGCCGAGUGACCCCGCGCCUGGAUAACCCCUGGGAUCCCCGCCUCGUCUUCCAGCGGGGGACCUUGGGACGCACGGGCGGCUUCAGAUCCGGGAGCGCGAGGCCUAACAGCCGGGGGCCGAACUUGAACCUCAGAGGCGGCCGCGGGCGAGGGGCGGGGCCGAAGGGGCCGGGACCGCCGCCCCAGCUCGAGGACCCGUUAGACCGGCAAACCGCAGUCCCUGCCCCGCGGGCUUCCUUUACUUUUUGGGAGUGGAGGGCGGCUUCCCUGCUUUUUCCACCACAGCCCCUCCUCCCGCCGCAAUGUGGCUGAUGCUUAUAAAAAGUUGUAUUAAAGAGCUGACUGCAGCCGAGAAUCGAUCAACAAAAGCGACCAGCCUCUCUGGGUCACACUCCUUCAGCUUCCCCAUUUCUGAAUCCCAGGUCUAUCCACGGCCUUCUCAACAGCUGACUUCAAGUUGAUUUCGUGCUUUAUUUCUUAAGAAUAGUGACUAACCUACGGGAUCUGAUUCAAUUUAUUAGGAACACAGUGCCACCUUCCAAAAUUACUUACCUAAGAGGACUGAGCCUGCUGUCCCUGGAGCAGUUAGCUAAAACAGUGCCUCAGUACGGAGCGUACCUGUGUUAACUUCUAGAGUGCUGUUUCCGGCAGAUGCUGAAAUCCACGCUGAGGUUAUCAAGCUCAUCCUACAAAAUAAAGCAAGUUCUUUGCAAUUUAAAGCAAAAA